AUUUUUCAUAACUUAAUACUAUGAAAAAUUUGUGUUUGUAUUGUUUGCAACAAGUAUAGUGUCAAAGUCGUCUAAACGUUCAAAUACUGUAGAACUUGCUGCUGCACUCGCAUACCCUUUGCAUCGGCUUCUUUUAUUUUUGAGAUAAGUCAUCACAUUGGAGAUGCAAACGAUUAAGUGUGUAGUUGUAGGAGAUGGUGCGGUAGGUAAAACCUGCUUGCUCAUCUCCUACACUACCAACAAAUUCCCUUCCGAAUAUGUACCUACUGUAUUUGACAAUUAUGCAGUAACUGUCAUGAUUGGAGGAGAUCCCUAUACAUUGGGAUUGUUUGACACUGCUGGUCAGGAGGAUUACGAUAGACUUCGCCCUUUGAGUUAUCCCCAAACAGAUGUGUUUUUAGUCUGUUUUUCAGUAGUAUCACCAUCAUCAUUUGAAAAUGUAAAAGAGAAGUGGGUACCAGAAAUUACACAUCACUGUCAAAGGACUCCGUUUCUUUUAGUAGGAACUCAGAUCGACUUGAGAGAUGAUGUUGCAACAAUUGAAAAGUUAGCUAAAAACAAACAAAAACCUAUAACUGUAGAACAAGGAGAAAAACUUGCAAAAGAAUUGAAGGCUGUAAAAUAUGUUGAAUGUAGUGCUUUAACUCAAAAAGGGUUAAAAAAUGUUUUUGAUGAAGCAAUUUUGGCCGCAUUAGAACCACCAGAACCACCUAAGGGUAGAAAAUGUUUCAUUUUAUAAAUUAUACUAGUCGAUUUUUCAGCCAGUCAAGUGUGGAUAGAAACGCACUGAAGCCGCUGUGUUCGACGCAACAACAGCGAUUGUCUCUCGCGCGGCUAAAUAAGAAACGAUAAUGACAUCAGCGACAGACACAUUCCGUAAUUUUGAGAGAAAAAAAAGAAUCGUAGAUUUUCGAGAAUGAUAAGCUCAUUCGAUUUAUCGAAUUUUCAUAUAAACUCAAGCUUAACUCAUGUAUUCAUUCGUAAAUUUAAGGCGUGAUUUGCAUUUUUCGACAAAGUCUACCAAUUAUACACCAAAAAUCACAGUACAUUUUUGGGACCGUAUAUAGCUCUUUAUUGUAAUUUGGCGAAGAAAAAUUACAAACACAAUAAUUAUUCGCCACCACACAAUGGACUGAUUAUCAAUCAUGAUAAGAUUUAUUAUUCGCGAAUUGCAGUAAUCGGGUAAUUAAUACUGCGCGAUGUCAAGUUUGGAAAAAGAUGGUUUAAGAUCAAUAGCGUUGUCAGCAUUUCUUUUUUUAUUUUUAGCGCUAGCCAUUUAUCGAGAAUUGAUUUGUGAAAAUCUUCUUGACAGUAUUCUAUCUUGUAUUUCUUACAGUCGCGAAGGAAAUUGCAAUGUAGUGGACGGGAGAAAUUAUAUUUGUUGAUAUAUAUAUAUGCCUAUAUCAAUGAAACGUCUGAUUUUCUUUUUUUUUUUGAACGAUAUUAUAUAUACUUGAAAUGAAUUUAGAAUUCGUACGGCCUGUGUACGGCACUGUUAUGUAUCAACAUUCUUAAAUAAA